AUGUGGGGACAGAGGAGGGAGGGGACAGUCACGUCCCCCCUGCUCGAUGUGUGGACGUCCUCUCUGUCAGAGAUGGCUUGCUGUGGACGAUGGAUGGUCUGGACUCUGUGGGCCAGUUGGGCCACUCAGAACGCUGCUCUCAGGGUGAGCAUGAGGGAGUCCAGACUGGAGGUGAUCCGAGGGGAUUCUGUCCUCCUGCCCUGCUCCUUCUCCACCUCCUCCCACCGCCUCUCCAGACUCAACAUCAUCUGGACCCUGGCCCGUUUCUCCAACCCAGAGACCCCGAUUCAGGUGAUCGUGUACGAGCACAGGCAGGUGGUUGAAGACCCCUCCCUCAUGGGCAGGGUGGGCUUCACAGGCCUCCCUCUGAGCGCAGACAUCCUCCUGAACGACAGCCGGCUGUCCGACGCCGGAGUUUACCGCUGCGUGGUCACCAACCUGCCGGAGGCCGCACAUCCGGGCAUCGGAGAGCUGGAGCUCAGGGUUCUGGAACCACCUUCUCUGCCGGAGUGCAAAUGGGACGGAGACACUGAUGUGGGGGGAAGUGUCCGGCUGUCCUGCUCCGUGGCGGAGGGCGUCCCGACUCCAGACAUCCGCUGGGAGAAGCUGAACCCCGAGGAGGUUUCACUUCCUGUCAACAUGGAGGGGGACUGGACUGGUUCGGUCCAAAUCGCCAACGUGUCGUCUCAGACGUCCGGUUUGUACCGCUGCUCCGCCUCCAACGUCCUGGGAACGCAACACUGCUACGUCAGCCUGGCCGUCUACAGCCCUCCAGCCCCGCCCUCGGGCCUCCUGCAGGGAGUGAUGCUAACUCUGGUCAUGAGCCUGGUCCUGCUGGCUCUGCUGGUUCUGGUUCUGUGGCUGCGUGGCACCGGGCAGGACGGGAGGAGGAAGGAGAGGAAGGUGGAGGAAGAGGAGGGUUACAAUGAGAUCCGGUACACUCCUCCUCUGAUGAAACGUUCCUUCGUCUGA